AUGUAUCCGCCAUUUGAUUACUUCGAGCACCGCCGGGCCUGCGUCAUCAAGCAGCGCCAGCGCGACGCUCGGUUUGACUGUCUCCCCGAUCCCUACAAAGGGCCCCUCACCUCCGAUCAACGCGCCAUCCUCAAUGCACCCAUCGCGCAGCUGGUCCGUGACGUGCACAAUGGCAUCCUCUCGCCCAUCGACAUCCUCCGCACCUACGGAAAGACCACCACCGUCGCACACCAGCGGACCAACUGCGUCACCGAGGUCCUCUUGCCAGAGGCCGAGUCGUGGGCCCGGAAUGAGCAGGACGUCAAUCUCAAGGGUCCGCUCGCCGGCAUCCCCGUCUCCCUCAAGGACUCCAUCGCCGUGGGCGGCUUCGACGUCAGCGUGGGCUAUUCGCGCAACGUCUUCAAACCCUACAGCGAGGACGGGGUCAUGGUGAAGCUUCUGAAAAGAGCUGGAGCAAUCCCUCACGCCAAAACGGCGCUGCCCAUAACCCUGCUGAGCUUCGAAAGCACCAAUGACCUGUGGGGCGUGUGCAAGAACCCGCACAAUCCCAAGUACUCGCCUGGUGGAAGUACAGGCGGCGAAGGGGCCCUGUUGGCGUUGAAUGGAUCGAGGAUUGGCAUCGGUUCCGAUGUCGCGGGCUCGGUGCGUGCCCCUGCAGUUUGGUCCGGCAUCAAUUCCCUGCGCUGCUCGACUGGCAGAUGGCCCAAGGUCGGGAUGAAUACCUCCAUGCCGGGCCAGGAAGGUAUUCCCAGUGUUUUCUCUCCCAUGGCCAGGACAUUGGAUGAUUUGACUUAUUUCACACGAGCAUUCAUCGGCAUGAAACCCUGGGAAGUGGACUACACGGUGCACCCCAUCCCAUGGCGGCAGGAUGUCUACGAUGAAGCGCUAAAAACGAAACCGCUCCGCAUCGGCCUGAUGACCACGGACGGCGUCUGCGCUCCCUCUCCUGCCAUCUCUCGUGGACUGGACAUCACAGCCUCGGCGCUCCGCUCCGCCGGCCACCAAGUGGUCGAAAUCCCCGUCUCUUCCUAUCCCCCCACCGCCACCCCGGCUCAAGGUUUACAGAUCGCCAGCGUGCUCCUCUGCGCUGAUGGGGGCAAGACCUUCCGAUCGUUCUUCCGCACGGGCGAGUCCAACGACCCCGGCGCGGCGCAGAUCAAUUUCUACAUGUCCCUGCCUCGACCCCUCAAAUACCUGUGGUACCUCUUCACGCGCUAUGUCCGGCGUGACUCAGUGUGGGCGUCCAUUCUCCGUUACUUCCAUCCCCUGAGCGCGUUCGAGCAGUGGCGGUGGGUUGCCAAACGCGAAGCGUUCCGGGCGACGUGGUUCGACUGGCUCAACCAGCCCGCGCAGCAGUUCGAUUUCAUCCUGUGUCCCGGGAAUGCCACCCCGGCCCUGCCGCACGGGUGUAUGAAGGAGGCGGUGAGUAGCUGUGGGUACACAUUUUUGUGGAAUCUCUUGGAUUACACAGCUGGUAUCAUUCCCGUUACAAAGGUGGACAAGGAAAAGGAUGCGUUGCCCCAAGGGUUCAGGCCGGCCAACGGAGUCGAAAGGGGCGCGUACAAGUACUACGACAGCGCGAAGAUGGCGGGUUUGCCGAUCGCGGUGCAAAUCGUCGGACGGAGAUUGACGGAAGAGAAGGUGUUGGGGUACAUGGCAAUCGUGACGGAUGCGUUGAGAGAUAGUGGGGUGGUGUAUGAGCACUUGGACGUCGACGAUCUCCCCGAGAUUGAUGAGCUGGAGCAAACAAGCAGGAAGAAGAUUCCCGUGGAUCCAAAGAAGAUCUGGUAA